AUAAAUAAAUAUUUUCGGUGUGACGGUGAGAAAAUAUACCCUUUUGUGUUUUCUCUGGCGUCUGAGAUAACAACUCCAGACUCAAAAUCGAGAGAAGAAUCAACCUGACCGGUGGAGGGUUAAGUCUGAGUCAGCAGCCAAACACCAAAAAAUCGUCAGACGUAGGAGAACCUGAUUCGAGUGCAGCCAGGGACAGCGAAAGAAAGAGGCUGAAGUUGAUUUCUGACCGUAGACUUUGGCCAGCGAACAAAGCCACCGCUUCGAGGAUUUCCUUGGCAGUGUAUUGAAGAGAGAUUUCCUGAGUCCUCCUGCCCCUAUUCAGUUCAGAGUUGAAGAAUGGCCAUGUAUAUCCGUGUUAAGCGUAGUAAGACAACUUACUUUAUCCAGUGUGAACCAACUGAGACAAGUUUAGAUAUUAAGCAAAAGUUGCAUGAUCUUAUUGAUCAACCGGUAAGUGAUCAGCGCUUGAUCCUAGUCAGUACUGGGGAAGUACUGGAGGAUUCAAAGUCAUUGGCAGAUCUGAAGGUUGAGAAUGAUGCCGUUGUGGCACUGACCUUGAGAAAAGAUGACAAUGAGUUUGAAGAGGUCAACAUUGUACGGGCAGACGACUUCUUUCAAUCUCGUGAUGCAGAUGCAGGCAAUUGGUGAAGUCGGAAAUCUUGCUCCGUAAAAAGCUUACGAGCUGCAAUGCAAGCCUGCAACCUAUCAAUUGCCGCCAUAGUCCAUCUGCUUAGAUUGUUUCCUGCUCGUGCUGGGAUUUGUGGACAAUAAUUUUCAAAAAUGAGUUCUGUUAAAGGUCUGUAGAUGAAACAUUUCAUCCAUGAAAUCGACAGCAUGAAGUAGUAUUUAUAUGAAAUAACAAAAGAAGAUGUGCAAUGAUACAAGAAAAAA